AUGCCCAAUACUAACUCCUUCACCACCUCCGAAUCCUCCUUCUCCCUGCGUCAUUCCUCCCACUCGCCCCUCUCCCGUUGGGUCUCACGCCGUCUGUCUCGCUCCAAACCCAUGCUGCAUGUCCGCCCAACCGAUUCUGACGACGAAGAGCGCGUGACCGAGUCUUAUGCUGCCUACUGCCGGGCCUUCACGGCGGGUCAAUACCACUCUGAGCCCCCGUCGGGUUGCAACGGCUCCAAUGGCUCUAACGGCUCCCCUUCUAGUCACUGCCCCUCGUCCUCCUCCCUGGACUUCCUGCCUGUCGGGGCCUAUGGCUUUACGCCUCUGACCACGCUACGCUCCCCGACCCCGCCCCCGCGCGUGCUGACUCCCUCUCUCUAUCGGGCCUCCUCCCAAGCCCUCCAGCUCCCCCAUCGUCCUUGGUGGACUCGUCUUCCGUGUGGCUGCUGA